CCAUGGGUAACCACGUCAACCUCUACUGGGCAUAGCCUUCAAUGUCACAUAAUUAUCACCGCCAUCGAGUCUCUUAGAAGCCUUCAUUUGUUAUCAGAUUAAUGGCGUAGAAUGCCAAAUGAUAUAAUGUGAUGCUGGUGCAUCUCUGAGCCCCAAAAUCAUCAGUAUGGCAAUCCAGCCACUGCCAUCUUCAACAACAAGGAUCCUGGGCUCCUGUCAAGCCCUCACAACACCUUCAUCACUGGUCAAGGAGCUCAUUGACAAUGCCAUUGAUGCAAAGGCAACAUCGAUUGACGUGAUAAUAUCGGCAAAUACUGUUGAUAAGGUUGAAGUUCAUGACAAUGGGCACGGGAUAGCCCAAGAAGACCUCGACUCGCUUGGACGCCAUGGCCAUACCAGCAAGCUGAGGAAUUUCGAGGAAUUGAGGGAAGUUGGCAGUUCCUGUCUCGGAUUUCGGGGCGAAGCUCUGGCCAGCUCUGUCAGUCUUGGAAGCGUGACUAUCACAACUCGAGCAGAAGGAGAACCCGUUGCCUUCGUGGUAAAACUCAAGGCCACUGGAGGCGUAUCAAGCAAGUCUUCUAUCUCUCAUCCCAUUGGUACCACGGUCUGCGUAUCCAAUUUUCUUUCCGCUCUCCCUGUCAGAAGGCAAACUUCCAUUAGCGAUGCGUCAAAAACAAUAUCCAAAAUCAAGAACAUCCUUCAGUCAUACGCUCUGGCGAGGCUUCAAGUUCGAUUCACCCUCAAGGUGGCAAAUACAGGCAAAGGAAAUUGGUCAUACAUACCACAUCCCAAAGGUUAUAUCAAGGAGGCCGCAAUUCAAGUCGCUGGGAAAGAUGUUGCUAAACAAUGCAUCGAAAUAGCGAGCCCAUGUGAAGAUGAUGCGUCAAUUUUUGAUACCAUCGACGAAAUCGGAACAACGACAGCGAACUCAUUUAUUAGAAUACGGGCCUUCCUACCAAGUCCAGAUUCGGACUUCUCAAAACUCAAAGGCGGUCACUAUGCGUCAGUUGACUCCAGACCAGUAUCUUGUACACGAGGCACCCUGAAAAAGGUCAUGUCUUCCUACAAGCAACAUAUCCGAGCAUUUGCUUCAAAUGCUGGCAAAGAAGUUCCAAAGGAUCCAUUCAUAUAUUUGAGAAUUACAUGUCCGAUUGGCAGCUAUGAUCCCAAUAUCGAGCCUGCCAAGGAUGAUGUCCUAUUCGAAGAUGAGGAUGCCAUUCUUUCCGCCGCAGAAAGACUCUUCAAAUCCCUAUACUCUUCCAAUACCCUCCCAACCCCAGUGGAUGACGCCUUCAGUGGCCUACCUGCUCCCCAGUCUGCUGCGAGUCAUGAUUCUAUAAUUCAGCAACGCGUGGAGGUGUCAAAGAGCGUGGGCGUGACAGAUUUUCAAACUCCUGGAGUCAAUUACGGGACAAGAAACAACAAAAUCCAGGGGCAUAUAACUGCCGAUGCCAUUGUUGAUAAAGCAUGGGGUCGAGAGUUGGAAGUGUUAAGAGAUGCUUCUUGUGGGCCACAAUCACCACCUAGUACUCUAGAGCACAGUGACCAUAAUACCCUGAACCCUUGGAUCCUCGCGAAGCAUACGAGUACUCCAGCAACUGAGCGUGGACCUCAGGGUUCCAGGACGCUUAGACCAAGGUCGCUGAGGUCAUACAUUACUCCUGUUGAUAAGACGCCCCCAGCUUCGUCUGACGAUCUGUUUCUCACCGAAGACAUGUCCAACCGAUUAACAGGAAGCCAGAUCUGCAAACAGCCAAGACCAGGCCCUACGCAGAGUUCGGUCGAGACAUGGAUAAACAAACAACAGGCAUAUGAGACUGAUGAUUUGGCAGAACUUCAGCAUGGCCCCAAGCCGCAGCAAUCCCACCACAUAACAGGGGGCGGUCUAUCUCGGCCUCAUUAUGAACCACCAUACUCAAAUGGAUUCGUAACCGCUCGAGACCUUCCAGUCGGAGUUCCAUGGUCACCACCACCCACUCAAAUUCGGUCGAAGGAAAAGCUCCGGAGAAAAUUUAAGACGCCUUUCAUCAUUCCUAAAAGCACGGAGGUUGUACCUGGAGUUCGUGAGAACGCAUACGAGUCGAGCCAUUUGACUCCACUUGGCGACACUUCACCAUCGCAAGGACUGCCAAGAACAAGCAUAUCAGUAUUUCAUGACGAUGUAAAUGCUGCUAUGGAUUUUGAAAGAAGGAAAGCAACAAGCACCAGAAGGCUACGAGAAGAAACCGCUGCUGUAGCUCGUCUAGAGGCUGAAACAGGCGAUGUGGCAAUGCAGGGAAUGUCGGCGCAAGAGAAUAUAAUCAAAACUGUGCUUCAAGAUGGCGAUCCACGAGCAUAUCUAAUGAGACGCCAAAAAUCCAUGGCGGCGCAUCAGGGGCCAGAGUUAAAUCGAGCCAAAACGAUGUUGCUGCCUUUAGAAUCGAUUCCGGAUACCUUGGCCACUCAAAAUUUAAUCCUCCGAAUGACGGUUGAAACUACAUCAGUCAGCAGGGCAAUGCAUAUUUUUACGACAAUUGACGAUUAUGCAAAGUCCGGAAUCCGAUAUGAGGGUCUCAGAAUGACAGACUCCGGUGCCAGAGAAGUAGAAAAAUCACUGAACAAGUUGAUGACCGUGUCGCAUGGGCUAUCGGCUUUGACUUAGCAAUAUUUAUAGCUUAUGCAAGGAACCAAGUAUGAGAAUGAUUUUGGACUGAGAUUUGAGCUUGCUUUCCAUGGCAGGGGUAGCUGUUCCAGGGGAAUAAAUAUGAGAAGGAUUUUGGCUGGGAGUUCGAGCUUGCUGGGCAAAGCUUAGCCGUUUUUAUAACAUGGAAUCAGUACCAUACCCAUUUAGCGUUUGGCUGCAAAUUAUGGGAAAUAUUACACCUCGAAAUCAAAUAAUUAUAUCACAUAGCUC